AUGCGGGCCGCGGUGUCUCUUGAGGAGGAGAGUGAAUAUGAGGGAGUUCCAGCUCUGGGUCUAGGGCGCCGGUUGGGCCCCCAAAGAAGGGAGCGGCGGCAGAUCACCCCGGUGUGGUGUACGUUUGCAGCACCAUUCACCUUGGGCUCCCCUUCUUUCCUUGCCCAGGCCUCCACGCUGGACUUGGAUCCCCUNUCGGCCGACACCAGCCCGUACGCCUCGCGCCGCGCGGGACCGCCCACGCCGCCCCUCUUCCACCUCGACUUCUUGUGCUGCCAACUGCGGCCUACCCAGGAGAGCGUGCUGCACCUCGAGCCCCGGGGAGGACAGCUGCGGCUCUCCGCCGAGUACCCGGCCGGGCCCGGGCGGCUGCGGCUGCGCCUGGUGAGCGUCGAAGGCCUGCCGCGGUCUCGGGCCGGCCCCGGGAGCGGCGGCGGCGGCUGCUGCGUGGUGCUGGGGCUGCGGCCGCGCGUCCGGCCGCGGGGCCAGCGGAGCCGAGUGGUCAAAUGCAGCACCAACCCCAUCUUCAACGAGGACUUUUUCUUCGAUGGGCUCGGACCGCCGGACCUGGCCGCACACAGUCUGAGGGCCAAGGUGCUGGACAGGGGCACAGGAUUCCGCAGGGACGUGCUGCUGGGGGAGUGUGAGACGCCCCUGAUUGCCCUGCUGCCGCCCAUGGGUGGUGGGCUAGGUCCCGGGGCCUCCCUGGUGCCUGCCCAUCUCAGCCUGUAGCCUGAGAGACUGUCUCUUCCUCAGGAGGGCUCCAUCGGGUCUGCAGUCUUCAUUCUUACCAUCUGCCCAGCAUGUAUUUAUUUUUGCAAAUAAAAUAUGUCUCC